AUGGAAGAAGGAAGAGUUUUUAAGCCAGAAGACAUUUUUGCUGUCCCUGCUCCCAAGCCUGUGCUUUUGCUCUGGCUGAGCAGGCUGCCCCUCACACACUGCCUGUGCUCUCCCUGCUCUCUCUCCCAGGUCCACCUCCAUCCCACAGCCAUGUCCUGCUAUGAUCUGUGUCGUCCCUGUGGGCCAACCCCACUGGCCAAUAGUUGCAACGAGCCCUGUAUCAGGCAGUGCCAGGACUCCCGUGUGGUGAUCCAGCCCUCUCCCGUGGUGGUGACCCUGCCCGGACCCAUCCUCAGCUCCUUCCCCCAGAACACCGCCGUGGGAUCCUCCACCUCUGCUGCUGUUGGCAGCAUCCUGAGUGAGGAGGGAGUGCCCAUCAACUCUGGGGGCUUCAGCCUCUCUGGUCUUGGUGGCCGCUACUGUGGCAGAAGGAGCCUGCCCUGCUAAAGCCAGGCUGGACGUCUCCAGAGAGUGCAUGGACCAGGACUCACAAAGCCACGUGCCGGA